AUGUCUGACACUCAGGAGGAAAUAGCUAAAGCUGCUAUCCUCGAGAAAGUCAUGAAAGGCAGGCAACUUACAGACCUCAUGCUACGCUCUUACGGAGGCACAGGCACUAUUCUGGAUCAUGCGGGCAAUAUCAAGAGCAUAUCUGGCCAAUUUAAACGGUCUGACUUGUGCAACGAGCAUCGCUUAAACCCUCGUGACUUACGGAAGAUUGAUUCACGAAUACCCAACCUUGUUCCUACAAUUCUUAUUCGCAAAGGAGCUGUUCUAAUUAACAUACUUCACAUACGGGCGCUAGUCAAGGCCGAUACUGUGGUUUUAUUUGACUCUUAUGGGUCCAACGAUUCCCGUCUUCACUCUGUGUUCCUGUACCACCUCGAGCAUAACCUCAAGGCCCGGGGUAGCGGCGCACCUUACGAAUUCAGAGCAAUCGAGUCCAUCCUUCUCUCCGUUCUCAGCGCGCUAGAAGCUGAGAUGGUGUUCAUCCGCAACCUCGUAGGUGGUCUCUUGGCGGAGCUCGAGGACGAUAUCAAUCAUGACAAAUUCAAACGCUUGCUACACUACUCAAGACGUCUGGUAGCGUUCAAAAAUCGCGCCAAGCUCGUCCAAGAGGCUCUAGAAGAAGUACUCGAACAAGAUGAUGAUCUGGACGCCAUGUAUCUUACUGACAAGAAAAAUGGCGUUCUGCGCGACAUGCAUGAACACGAGGAACUUGAAGUACUUCUUGAGUUUUUCUCCAAACAAGUAGAAGAAAUUGCCAAUGAAGCUGAAAACAUCGAGGCCAACGUUCAAUCUACUCAGGAGAUUGUCGAACUCAUCUUAGACUCUAACCGCAACGCACUACUCGCAUUGGACCUUAAAGUAUCUAUCGGAACUAUGGGAAUUGGCACGGGAGCUCUGAUAGCAGGUUUAUUCGGCAUGAACUUGAAAAGCCACAUGGAGGAGAUGCCCUAUGCCUUCAUGGCGAUGUCCACCCUCUCAUCAGCUGUUGCACUUUUCGUAGCAUGGGCUGGCCUAAGAAGACUCGCUCAGAUACGAAAAGUCGGACUCUCUAAUCCCAAACGAGGACAAGAUUUGGAAGUGCGUCCACGAAUACCACUACCCUUGCGCCGGCGAAGCUCGAAUGGAUGGUCAUGA